AUGUAUGUCUUUCGCAACAGCGAUCUCCCCCCUGAUCCUCAAUUCUCUGCCGACCUCGAGAAGCUGGGGUAUACUAUCACAGUGGACGACAAGAUUCGCGGGAUCGCCGACCCGGAGACGGAAUUCAAGUACAGAAUCAACAGGAAUGAGCGCUUCAAUGUCAAAAACCGUGAAGCCAUGGAUGAAUGCAUUCGUAAAAUUGUCUUGAACCGUCUUCAGGAGGCUGGCCUCGAAAUUUGGCGUCUUCCCUUUGGCGAUGGCCCUCAAGAGCCCAACGCCGCUGCCACUGACCCACAUGUGCCAAUUCUGGUAUCCAAGAACCUCUCCGGGGCAGCCCGUGUUAUCGUGGUUUUCGGUGAGCCCGUCCAGGACCUGGGUAUCUGGGCCUAUCGCUCUGUUGGAGAGGACGGAGUCAACUUCGGUUCGGCUGUCAACUUCACCAAGCAUGUGCUUGGUGAGGGUACAGACAAAACAGAUAUAGCUCUAGUUAUUGCCAAUACUGGUCAGUUGCUUUGGCACUGCGCCUCAUCUCGUGCUGUUACACAUCGAACCUGGGAGGCUGCGGAUCGACCCGCUGGACCUUGGGGCCAAGCUACUAGGUCCUGGCGUAACAAUAUUCCCGGGAACAAAGACUUGAAUGAACAUAUCCAGUACGUUUUUGAACACGUCAUCUGGCCGAGGCUGGGCAAGAGGAGCCGCGUCGACGUGAUUGGUUUGUCUGAGGGUGGACAGGGCGCUCUCGAGUACCUGCAAAAGCGAUGGGCCAUAUGGAAGCCAUACAUCUCAGGCAUCUGUUUCGGCAACCCGCUCCAGUCUACCGCGAUAGACUUGGACAUGAGUACUCUGACCGACCCCCAAUCCUUCACAGCAUUCCUCUCCUCCCGUGGCCGCGCAUACGUCGUUUCUUCCGACGAUCUUGGCAAGUUCCAGUCCGGCUAUCGCAAUCAUGGAUGCAACUGCUACGCCUCUGGGGAGGAACUCAACUCCGAGUGUAUCAUGGCGCAUGCCUGGCCGGAUAUGCUGGCUUGGCUUGACAUGCUUUACAAGAAUCCAGAUUACGCGGAGCAGGUCAUGAUCAGAGCCGAGGACAUGGAUGAGGAAACUAGCCAGGCGCUGGAGAAUAUGGCCGUCACAGACGAUGAAGAUGUCAAGGCUGAGGAUGCUGCGCAGACUGGGGAAGCUACUCCGCCGAUGCCCGAACAAGCUGACCCUCAGCAGCAAGAGGCCUCGGAAAGCUGCGUGCGCGAAGGUCCCAAGCCCGGCGCCAACGAGGACAAGUAA